AUGCGUUUUCAGGCACCUCAACUCGGCGCUCUCGGCGUGACCUUCACGGCUUUUCGUGCGAUGCAAUUUGCUUCGCUUGUUGCCAUCGUCGGCAUAACUGCUAAUUUUAUCAAUGACAUCGUAACCUCAGGACGCGACACGCCAGACGUGCUCGUUGGUACUCUUACGGUAGCAAGUAUCGCAACUCUUUAUGUUUCUAUCUCUUAUAUCCUGUACUAUGACGGACUUCUCCCUCUUGUAAUCGCAGCCGGGAUCGAUCUAGCGCUCCUCAUCGCCGCUAUCGUCGUAGCGGUCACUAUUGGCAAGCCCCUAUCCUUGCUCAAGUGCGAGUUGCUUCCGCAGCCAGUUGCGCCCACCCAGACGUUUACCAUGUCCAUCUCAGCCCGUGACUAUACUUCAGCAGCAGCAAGGUAUAACAACUAUCUAGCCCUGAUUACGACCGACCAGCCGCACUGCUACGAGGUCAAGGCGGUCUGGGGCCUAAGCAUCGCACUUUGCGUGCUUUUUGCCUUCUCGGCCGUGAUCUGUGGGUACGCGGGCGCGCGUGGGGACUCGGGAAGGGCUGCUGUCGCCGAGAAAUCCCUAAGCGGCUUUGGGUUCCCGCGGCAAAUUUCGGGUCCGACCGCUCUUGGAACUCAACUCCUCACCACCAAGGCCCCCGACCGGUGGAUCCCUCCCCCUCAGCCUGCGCGUCGCCCCCUUUUUAUUCGGCAAGUGGAUGAAGAUGUCCGAUCGGUUAGGUUACCUCCUGUUAUCGUGAACGCCAACUCAGGCCCGACUAUCAUCGCAGGGCAGCCGUUGGAAAGUAAUAUUGCCGCUCCCGUUCCAGCCGUCGUACCAGCGGCUAGGUCUUACAACUCAUCCAAUUCAUCUCAAGACUAUAUACCCAUCGCACACAAACCAUCUUACGGUGACAUCAACGAUCAGAAGCGGGCAGCUCAUCCUCCCAUCGCAGUUAUCAUUCCACCUACGCCUAGCGAUGACGGUUUCACGCCUAUCACGCCCACGCCCGCUUCGCCCGAGGUGAAAGAUUACCGCCUUAGUAGAGUGCCUCCUUUGCCUAGGGAUGCUCUCGGAAUACCCGUGGGGAAGUUUUUCACCCGUGCGAAAAGUAAUAAAGUUCAAAUACAACAUGAGGAAGAAUACGAUGAUGUUACACCGUUGAGUCCCAAGAGGUAUCGAGAUCUAGAGACGCAGGCAAUGACCAAACCGAAACCGAAACGAAGGACUCUCUGGGGUGUGAUUGAAGGAUGGUGGGAUUUGGGUUUACUCGAGAAGGGGAUGAGUCUAAGACGCAAGGGUUAAUGAAUUAUAUAUGUGGUAGUGUAGUGGGACGAUAUAAAACGGGAUGAGGCGGGAUAGGACAUAAUACGUAAAUUAAUGCUUAGGACUGGGUAGGAGUUGAACUCGUUUAGGAAAAUUAAUGGUAUAGGAAUUGGGUAUGAAUAGGGAUAGUUACCCCGUAAUGAGACAGCGUAAACGGUUAUAGGUAAUCUAUU